UUUGCUUAGUAUUGUACUAACUUGUUGCUCUAAUUCCUAUUCGACAUGGCUGACCAAGCUAAAUCUAAGAAGUCUGCACCUAAGAAGCCAGCAGCUCACCCAACUUACAUCGACAUGAUCACGGCCGCUAUCGGUGCUUUGAAGGAGAGGAAUGGUUCUUCUCGUCAAGCUAUUGCUAAGUACAUCCUGGCCAACUACAAGGUUGAUGCUACCAGUAUGAAGACCCAUCUUCGUAUGGCUCUAAAGCGUGGGGUUGAUAACAAGAAACUUGUCCAGCCCAAAGGUACUGGAGCCAGCGGUUCAUUCAAGUUAAACCAAGCUGCAGCAAAGGCUGAUGCGGCUGCUAAAGCAAAGAAGGAAAAGGCCAAGAAAAAGGCAGCAGCAGAUAAGGAAAAGAAGGCAGCCAAGAAGGCGACAAAGAAGCCUAAGAAACCAGCGGCCAAGAAAGCAAAGAAACCAGCGGCCAAGAAAGCUACCAAAUCACCGAAGAAGGCUAAAAAGUCUGAAAAGAAGGCAUCCAAGCCAAAGAAAGCUUCCAAGUCUCCUAAGAAGCCGAAGUCAAAGAAGCCGAAAAAGCCAAAAGCAAAGAAGGCAUCUAAGUCUCCAAAGAAGGCUGCCAAGAAGUAAAUUCUUCACAUACUACUUUCCAAACCAAACGGCUCUUUUCAGAGCCACCA